GCAGAAACUUCAAGUUUUAAUGCUGACUGUCGCUCAGCUUCGUGCGUGUCUGUUUCUGUCGUUUACAGUACUUUUAGGAACUUGUUUCCAGUUGAUUGCGUUUGUUUUUCAAUACAAACUGGACACUUAUUCUGUAUUUGCUCAAAAAUCAAAUCCAUUGAAUGUCUUUUUAGCUAAAUAUGCAUGGGGUUGGACUAGCAUUCCAUUAUUGGCUUUCAUGUUGGUUUAUGUACAUACUUGUACAACAACAACCAUCAAUUCAUCUACUUACAAAAGAUAUGCUGCAGUUGCUAUUCGAUGGACUAGUGCUACUCUGUAUUGGGUUAUCAUGACUCAAUGGGCAUUUGGAAACCCAUUACUAGACAGAGUUUAUCUGUCUACUGGUCAUUGUCUUACCAUGACUAACACUGUAGAAGUUCGUUCUAUUCGUCAAUGUAAAUCACUUGGUGGAUCUCUUACUGGACUGGACAUUUCUGGACAUUGUUUCUUGUUAGUUCAUGCCAUUCUAACUACUUUUGAAGAACUCAAACCUUACUUUAAACUACACACACUUGACUCUUCAUCUGCAUUGAUGGCUCAUUUCACUUCCUUGUCUAAAAUGUGCUUAUCUAUCCUUUCUCUUGUUCUGAUCACUUUGGGUUUGAUCUGGUGGAUCAUGCUCUUUACUACUUCCCUUUACUUUCAUUCUUUUAUUGAAGCAUCUUCAGGUACGUUGUUGGGUAUGCUUCACUGGUUGGUUCUCUAUGUCGUGACAGGAAGCUUAUAUCCAAACGUAUUACCCUUUGACGUGUCCCUUGUCAGUCAACCCAACAAGAGUCAAAAACAUCUUUGAUACCUAUGCAUCUAUUACACAAUAAAUACACUAGUCAAUCUGU